AAAUAAAUUUGACAUUAAAGAUACAUUCCAAGUACCUCAUCCGUUUUUAUCACUUCCAUUUGGAUAUGGAAUGAGAUCCUGUGUGGCUAGAAGAUUUGCUGAACAAAAUAUUCAAGUGCUUCUAUUACGGAUCCUAAACUGAUAAUCCAGCAGCGAUCACAGGAUAGACCGUCGCCAUGAAAUUGCCGCUGCUCUAUUGGGUAGUUGUCGCUACCCAAAUAGCGAUUUCGAUUGGCAACAGCACGGUAUCGCUCGCGAAAGAAACGCGAUGUCCGCGUCUUUGCGCUUGUUCCGGAACAACUGUUGACUGCUCUCAUCGAACUCUGACCCAAGUGCCUAGGAAGCUACCUCCAGAUACUGAAAGAUUGGAUCUUCAAAGUAAUAAUAUUAGUGCUAUUUCAGCGCUUGAUUUCCAGCACCUCACUAAAUUACGCAUUUUACGUCUCAAUAAUAACUUAAUACGUUAUUUAACGGAUAACGCCUUGUCGAGUGCUCCAAAGCUUUUACGAUUAGAUCUUAGUCACAAUGAACUGGUGUCCGUUUCUGGUCGCUGGUUCGAAGGAAUUCAAGGAUUACGUUCUUUGCAGCUUGAUAAUAAUCAAAUUACAUGUAUUGAUCCACUUGCCUUCAAGACGCUUACAAACUUAGAAAUUUUAACCUUAAACAACAACAAUUUGACGAGCUUGCCGCACAACUUGCUCGUAGGUAUGAACCGAAUGCGAACUCUUCAGCUCGACGACAACCCGCUGUCCUGCGACUGCGCGGCCGGCUGGCUGUCUCGAUGGCUGCGCGGUAUGCCGCGACUCAUAGCGCAUGCACGAUGCUUUUCACCACAGCAUCUGCGAGGACAAAAUCUACUGGAUCUGCAUGACAUUGACUUUAAAUGCUCAGGAUUAGUCAAACGCAUUCCUGUCGAGUGUUCAAAUGAGCAACAAACUUGUCCACAUCCAUGCAAAUGCUCUGCUGGAAUUGUGGAUUGCCGAGAAAAAUCAUUAACUAGAAUACCAGAAAACUUGCCUUCGAAUAUUAUUGAAUUGAGAUUGGAACAGAAUGAAAUCACUGAAAUACCAGCUAAGGCCUUUGUUUCAUAUCGUCAACUUAGAAGAAUUGAUAUAAGUCACAAUAAAAUAUCUAGUAUUUCUCAUGAUGCAUUUCGCGAUCUUAAGAGCUUAUCAUCUCUGGUAUUAUAUGGAAAUAAAAUUAAAGAAUUACCUUUAGGUGUUUUUCAAGGACUUUCAUCUUUGCAAUUACUAUUAUUGAAUGCAAAUGAAAUAUCUUGCGUCAGAUACGAUACUUUCAAAGAUUUACAUAGUUUGAGUAUUCUGUCAUUGUAUGAUAAUAACAUUCAUACGCUAGUGAAUGGAACAUUUGCAUCUCUAAAAAAUAUAAGAACCUUACAUUUGGCCAGAAAUCCAUUCGUGUGCGAUUGCAAUUUGCGAUGGCUGACUGAUUACUUGCACAGAAAUCCAAUCGAAACAUCCGGGGCUCGUUGCGAUACACCUAAGCGUAUGCAGAGGCGACGCAUAGAUGCACUUCGUGACGAGAAGUUUGCUAAAUGCAGCAAUGAUAUGCAUCAAAACAUGUUUAGCGCUAACUGCGGUAGCGUAGCCGAGUGUCCGGAGCCCUGCGAUUGCACGGGAACUGUAGUCGAUUGCAGCGAAAGAGGACUUAAUGAAAUACCCCGAAAUAUACCGUUGCAUACAACCGAGUUGUUGCUCAAUGGUAACAACAUUCGAUUUAUUCGUUCAGAUGGUUUAUUUGGACGCCUGUCAAAUCUGAUUAAAAUAGAUCUCUGCAGAAAUAGUAUAAGUGAAAUUGAACCUAAUGCUUUUGAAGGCGCCAUGAAAGUAGCUGAAAUAGCUUUGUGCGCAAAUCAAAUACAUGAAAUACACAAUAAGAUGUUCACUGGUCUUUACAACUUAAAAUCACUAUCAAUAAAUAAUAAUAAAAUAACCUGCAUCAUGCCUGGAUCAUUUGACUUUCUCACAUCUCUUCACACAUUACACCUACAAGACAAUCCAUUUAAUUGUAAUUGUCAUUUGGCAUGGCUGGGCGAUUGGUUGCGAAGACAUGAAUCGAUUAGUACUUCGCCGAGAUGCAAAGCUCCCGCUCAUGUUAGAGAUGUUCUUAUCAAAGAGCUACCUUACCAUGAAUUUAAAUGUUUAAGUGAUUCUGAUAAGGGCUGUUUAGGCAAAGACUAUUGUCCCCCACCAUGCACAUGCACUGGCACUGUAGUGCGAUGUUCAAGGAUGAAUUUAACUGAACUACCGGAUAAUUUACCUGCUGAGACUUCAGAGUUAUAUUUGGAGUCGAAUGAAAUAUCCGUAAUUCAUCUUGAACGUCUGCAUCAUUUAAAAUCUUUGACUAGACUUGAUUUGAGUAACAAUCAUCUUACAGUUCUGUCCAACUUUACCUUUGCUAAUCUCACUAAGCUAUCCACAUUAAUUAUAAGUUACAACAAACUUCAGUGUAUCCAGAGAGAUGCCUUAAAAGGACUGAAAAAUCUUCGAAUUUUAUCUUUGCAUGGUAAUCAAUUAUCCAUGAUACCUGAAGGAACGUUCACUGAUUUACAAGCUAUUACUCACAUAGCUUUGGGAAACAAUCCGCUUUAUUGUGAUUGCUCAUUAAGCUGGCUUUCAGAAUGGGUUAAACUAGACUAUGUUGAACCUGGCAUUGCUCGCUGCACUGAACCACUAUCUAUGAAAGAUAAAUUGCUGCUGUCAACACCAACUUCAUUAUUUCAAUGCAAAGAAAAAGUCAGCAAUAGAAUCUUGUCAAAAUGCAAUGUGUGUUACACAUUUCCAUGCCAAAAUAAUGGAAAAUGUGUUCCAAAAGAUCAGCUUGGAUUUCAAUGCAUAUGUCCUCCAGGUUAUCAUGGUAAAACAUGUGAGCAUAUGAUUGACGCUUGUUAUGGUAAUCCUUGUAGACAUAACGCUUCCUGCAGUGUUCUUGAAGAGGGCAGAUUUAGUUGUGCAUGCUUACCUGGAUACACCGGUGUACGCUGUGAAACAAAUAUGGAUGAUUGUAUAAACAAUAAAUGCCAAAAUAAUGCCACUUGUAUAGACAAAGUGCAAGCAUAUCAAUGCAAAUGUUUACCUGGCUUUUCUGGUGAUUAUUGUGAGUCAAAAACAUCUUUAUGCUCAAUUGAAUACAACCCCUGCCGAAAUGGAGCUAAAUGUAUUGACAAAUCAAAUCACUAUGCUUGUGAAUGUGCUCCAGGUUAUAAAGGAGAAAAUUGCACCGAAGAUAUAGAUAAUUGCAUUGGUAAUAUGUGUCAGAAUGGAGCAAGUUGCAUAGACGGUGUAAAUGAUUACGUUUGCCGAUGUGCAGGAGACUACACUGGAAAAUAUUGUGAAAGUGCUCCCAUAGUCGCAAUGAUGUAUCCUCAAACAUCUCCCUGUCAACACCAUGAGUGUCAGCAGGGAGUUUGCUUUCAACCAAAUCCAGCCAAUGCAGAUUAUAUAUGCAAAUGCGCGCCUGGUUACUCAGGAAAGCGUUGCGAAUAUCUUACGAGCUUAACUUUUGGAUCUAACAAUUCGUACGUUGAGCUGGAACCCCUGCGCAUUAGACCCGAAGCUAAUGUUACUAUAGUAUUUAGCACCACGCAGCCUGACGGAGUCUUAUUAUAUGACGGUCAGAAAGAGCACAUUGCUGUGGAACUUUUCAAUGGGCGGAUUCGUGUCAGUUACGAUGUCGGAAACUAUCCUGUGUCAACCAUGUACAGUUUCGAAAUGGUGGCGGAUGGCCACUAUCAUACUGCAGAGUUGUUAGCAGUUAGAAAGAAUUUUACACUUCGAGUAAAUCGCGGCUUAGCGCGAUCUAUCAUCAAUGAAGGAUUGCAAGAAUAUCUUAGAUUGACCACACCACUUUACUUAGGCGGUGUACCAUCAGAAGUUGGAUAUCAAGCUUUUUCGGAGUGGCAUUUGAGAAACAUUACUAGUUUUAAAGGAUGCUUCCGUGAGGUGUGGAUCAAUCACAAAUUAGUUGACUUUGGAAAUGCAGCACAUACUCAAUCUGUCACACCAGGAUGCGCAUCUAUUGACCACAAUCCAUAUGAAUCAGCUCUUGUAAUGGAAGAUGAGCAUAAUAUUGAGUUCGUAAUAAAAUGAUUACAUUUACAGAGUAAUCCAUGUGACAAUAACCAAUGUCGAAAAGGCAGUAAAUGCGUUCCUAAUCCCACGUCUACAGAUGGAUACGUAUGUAAAUGCAGCGGUAAUAUGCACGGACGAUUUUGUGAAGAAGAAACUGUUGCGGUGUGCCGGAAAGAACAGCUCAGGGAAUAUUAUAGUGAGAAUGGUUGCCGUUCCAAGAAACCGUUGAAAACUGCAAAAUGUGUUGGCGAGUGCAGAAAACAGUGCUGUCAAGCUCGCAAAACCAAGCGCCGUAAGGUUCGGUUGAUCUGCAGCGAUGGUACGCGUUAUACAAAGCACAUUGAUGUAGUAAGAAAAUGCGCUUGUUCUCGAAAGUGCUACUGACGAGAUUCCAAUGCCAGUAUUGUAAGAGAUAUAUAUCACAAAUUUCUUAAUAACAAGUAAAAUAUGCUCAGACAACAUAAUAAAGCUCAUUUAAUUUGCUAUAUGCAAGUUUACUCAAAUAAACUAUAUUAAAUAUAAUUGAGAUUUAAUAUCAGAAGGUUCUGCAAUUAAAAUAAAGCAGGAAAAAUGAAUCAAUGUUCGUGCACAUUCCAUCGAUCGUCACUUGGUGUACAAUUGCAUUUUCAUUAAUCGUGAUAUGUUCCACUCCACCCACGCCGACCAUAGCGGUAUCAUAUAUAUUCUUUUAUACUACAAAUAGUAUUAACUCAAAUGAAACUUUUUUCAAUAAUAAAUUAGAAAAUAGUGAAUUUUGUAAAAUAUAGAAUUUUAUAAUUGACAUAGUGCUGCUUAUUU